GCAUCCACAAAGUGGGAAGAGCGUGCAGCGGCUGGCAGGUGACUUGUUGCACGGUGUUGUGACUAUCAGCGGCGGUGGGAUGAAGAGCUCACGUGUCAUUUAAAGUUCACUUCAAGGCCCAUUCAGUGGGGUGGGUGUCGUCGCUGCUCGCCGGGUGUAGCAGUCACCUCGGGUUGAUGAAUGGCGGACCUAAGCUGGUCUGCACCGCAGCAUCUGGUCCAGCAGCACCCGCCGUCAAUAACCUCUCACCAUUCGCUCUCCGCGCCGCGCACGUGCUCGCCCAGCGCAGGCCUCUUCCGCCCGCUCAGCCAAUCAGCCGUCUCGGGGCCGUGACGUCGCGCGGCGACUGACAGCGAAGGGGCGGGGCUUGGCGGCCCUCGGCGCGGCGUGACAGACAGCGCGACAGUUUCACUCGCCGCUCCGGCUUGUGUGUCGCGCAGACGAGCCUGCAAGCACAAGUUGCACCCGUCUUGUGACCGAGUAUGUUGUUGUGAUUAAAAGCUUGUGCUCUUCAAAGGCUAGCCGCCACUCCUGAUUACACCCGAGGCAAAUCGGAUUUCCGCAGAACACCGAGCGCAAGGGUUGUCGUAGCGGGUCGCAGUCGCGUGUCAAUGUUGAUGCUCAUCUGCGGAAGUACCUGCAUACCCUUUUGUUUGCACCCCGGUGCUCGUCGCUGUGGCCCCGCUGAUGCAGCCACCCAGCAUAUGCUCACAAGCAGCCAAAACCGACUAAGAGGUGCUACGGGGCUUGGCAUACGUGGCUGAAACAGAAUUCCGUUGAGAGUCAGACGACAGCGGGCGGCAUGGGUGUCAUCACCGUCACAGACAUCGACUACGGUCAGAUCUUCGGGCCGUUUCCCUCCCACGUGACUCCGGCUGACCCCGCCUACCUCAUCGGCAUGCUGACGAAUGAUAAAAGACCAGAAGGCAUCGUCCUCAAGAUGGACCCUGGGGAACGCCGUGAAGGGCUGCGGGCAGUGGACUGGCUGCCCUACAUCCAGCCCGCGCGAGACUCGGAGGAGCAGAACAUGGAGGCGUACGUAAAGGAGGGGCAGGUGUACUUCCGGACGCUGCGCAUAGUGCGAGCCGGGGAGGAGCUGCUGGUCUGGUACAGCAAGGACUUCGCCCAGCUCCUCAACAUACCUGAGCUGCCGAGGCCACCCACACUAGAGGGAGAACAGUUCAUCUGUUCCCGAUGUGGAGAUACCUUUGACUUUCCGUACCCACUGCGCGCCCACAUCAAGUUCAAGUGCAGCUACACCCUGAACGAACUGAGCUCGAGCUUUAGUACCAAAGCCGCCGGAGGCAGGGCCGUGACCAGCGACAGCGAGCGCCUGCGCAUGACCUCUAAGUCGUUUCCUCCCACGGAACCAGUCACGCUCGGUCGAUCUUCGGCCGACACGCACAAAGGUCGUCUGGACACGCAGAACGAGCGGCAGUCGGCGAGGUCGUUUCACGGCUUUGGGGAAGCCAAGUGCUCCUCUCCUUUGAGGAAGCGCCUCCACCUCGAGCCGGGAUCUUCCCAUAUGAUGACCUCAUCGUCAUCGUCAUCCAAGGUUCCACGGCUGACGGAAACCAAGCUGGAUCGUCGGUCGCCGAUGAAGGAGGAUCACGUGCGCGUGCUGGCAGGACUGGAUCGCUCGCCUCGCAGGACGCCGGAGGGCGGAUCCAAGGAACUGCAGAAUGACGUAGCCAGCGCCUUCCGGAAGGUCGAGAGAUCCGCCUCGCCGGACGUGGAGCGCUCGAGCAGCGCCGGCUCGUCACGCGCCACGGAGGAUAAGCUCAGCCUGAGCCCCGUUAGCAGCAGCACGCUGACGGCCAUGACCCUUCCAGCCUCACUUCCGCUUCCGGUUCACGGACCGCCUCGAAGCGUCGUGUCAAGCAAAGCGUGCGUGGCGUCAAGCGCAGCAGCAGGCCUGCCGUCAAUGCACGGCUCGCUGAUGGGCCUAUACAUGCCUCGUCUGCCCCUGGUACCCCCGACCCUCGGACUGCCUGCUGCCGCCCCUCUUCACCACGUCAGCGCACACCACCCGGCUUUCGCAGCAGUCGACCAGAUCCCACCGGGGCUGCUGGAGAUGUGUCGCGCCACCAUCCCUUCCAUAGGUCCACUCACCGAAAGCUUCGCCAAUAUCCGUAACGGAGAUGGGGAUCACUCGGCUGCAGCAGCGGUUGCAGCUGCCGCAGCGGCGGGGUUCCCCGGGAAGGCAGGCAUGUUCAUGGGAGGGGGAGGAGGCGGAGGGACUGGAGACCGACACUCGGGGAUGAGCGGACCCAGCCCGGGCUCCAUGCACUUCCUAAAAAGCAACAACCCCAUGGUGGAGAAGAUCCUGCAGAGCACGGCCCCCACCCUCUCCGCCUCCCCGCUGUCGGCCCUCAACAUCUCGCAGAACUGGUGCGCCAAGUGCAACGCCACAUUCCGCAUGACCAGCGACCUCGUGUACCACAUGCGCUCGCACCACAAGCGCGAGUUCGACCCCAUGAAGCGCAAGCGAGAGGAGAAACUCAAGUGCACGAUCUGUAACGAAAGUUUCCGCGAGCGCCACCACCUGACCCGGCACAUGUCGUCACACGCCUGACCUUAACCCUAGCCUCGAUACCGGGUAGACCCCGACUUCCGGUGUCAGCCUAAUUCAUGUGGCUCUGCAAAACUUUGACAUGACAAACUCUGCAGUCAUUUUUUCAAAAAUGUUCCCGCAAAGUAUGUUUUGUUUGCUUGUUUUUUUUUUUUUUUUGCAAAUCAUUGCUGUGCGCAAGAUGUUGAGGCCAUUUUGAGAGCGGUCCUCAAGACUAAAUUUCUCUGGGCAAUGUACAGCUCUUUUUUUUUUUUUUAAGAAAAAUAUAAAAGCUGACCUUUAACCAAAAGUAAGCACCAAAAUGCGCUAGAUUUUCCGCAAUCGAAAUAGUCCUAAAGCUCCUUUACUCUUUUUCUUUUCUAACAUGGAACUGAAUUAUCUCGCGUUGUGAAGACGAAAUGUUUUUGAUUUUAGUGACUUUUUAGAGAACUUAAAGCUCCCCUCCUCGUGAAAUCAACAAGUCAUUGACUAUAACAACUUGCAAUUUACUUCUGUAUUCUUGGCACCAUGACUUUUCUAAGUAGGAACAAAUGCUGAAGCCUUGGUAUUAGAUGACUGCUUCGUUUGUUAGUUGCAUCGUCGUGCUCUUCAAGCAGCUGAUGUCCACAGUAUAUCUGUAGGGGUAGACCACGUUCCGAGGAAUGACUGACUGUAAAAACAAUGACCACUCGUGUCGUACGCUCUUUGAAUGCCACCGUGCAUUCAGGGUGAGUGGAUAUGUUUAGACAUGAGACUCGCCAGCGGCAGACGAUCGUUUGGCUGUUGUCAAGACAUGGACUGGAUGCUGCUGAGCUGUUAACCAGACUGGAGGUCAGUAUCUGUGAAGGUCCCAAAAUCGAGGGCAAAGAAGACGGUCUUUGGACCCUCACCAUCAGUCCCAGAGCGCUGUGCGAGAGACUUGACUCGGUAUCUUCUUUGCUUGGCUCCUCCAUCCUGGUGUCUGCAUUGAAAGGGACGUAAUCCCCGUUUCAGUGGGAGGUAAACACUUCGAUGUCCGUUAAGUUUCUUUGUUAACCAUACUGGAAAUUUUGCAAAUCUCUCGCUAAAGACUAUUUAAAACACUAAAAAAGUAAUCUUUACGAAAAUGAUGUGGCAGUCGGAACUGUCAGGUAACUGGUGACGUCGACCAAUGGACACUGGUCACCCGACAAAGCUUCUAGCGACAGUUUGUAGGAGAGUGCGAAUAAUGUACGUACAACGUCAGGUAGGUGAGAUGUACUAGCUAGUACUCGUGAGAACCUUUUCUCUCCCUCCCCCACUCACUUUGUACAUGACCCAAUACAGUGUGAUACUUGCACGUGCAGCGAAAGUGACUGACUGCAGCACGUGCUGUUUGCUCGUGAUAUUAUGUGGAUGUACACUUAGUGUGUCUGUGUGGCGUAGAACAGCGGCUUUUUUGUUGACCGACUCAGUUGCACAGUAAGUCGUGAAAUAAAUAUAUUACCUUUA